AUGUUCAAGCGUCGUGGGAACGACCUGUUCAUGACCAAGAAGAUUACCUUGUACGAAGCUCUCUGUGGAUUCAAGUUCCUGCUGACGCAUAUGGACGGUCGUCAGUUGCUUAUACAGGGCAGUCCUGGAGAGGUUGUGAAGCCCGACGCCGUGAUGUGCGUGAAGGGCGAGGGCAUGCCGAACCACAAGAAUCCAUUUAUCCACGGAGAGCUGUAUAUCGUCUUCGACGUCGAAUUCCCUCAGAAGGUGCCGGAGUCGUUGCACGCCAAGUUCCGCGAGAUUCUUCCGCAGCCGGAGUGCACCCCCAUGGUUGAUGAGGACGACCCGAAGAUUGAGCAUCACGUCUGUGAGAGCGUAACUGCAGAGGAGCUGCGGGCCCGGCAGCAACAGCAAAAGACCCAGGGUUCAGGGGAGGCGUAUGAAGAGGAUGAAGACGAGGGUGCCCACGCAGGAGGCCCGCAGAGGGUGCAAUGCCGGCAGCAGUAG